GAGCGCCGGGGCCGAGGGGCCGGGGAAAGGAAGGCAAGGGUGGAUCUGAGCUUUGGCAGGCUGCUCUGGAGUCUUCUGCGGAGCACGCGCUGCCGUCCCUUUGUUGGAGCGAGGCAGCGGGGCUCUCCCUCCUCGCCACAUCUUCCAGGAGGGGCAAACUAGGGCAUCCAAAUGACGGGGCGCUUGUCUCUCCCAAACGCUCGUUCUUAAAUCCUUUCUAGUUACCCAUUCAACGUUAUGAAGCACCAGAAACCGUUUCUGAUACAGCAAUGAGGAGCUGGAAUACUACAAUCUUAAGGCUAUUUGGCUACUUCCUCCUGAAAGGUUUUAAAAUUUAUUCAACUAUCAACUGCUAUGGAAGAAAAUCACAGAGAUAGGCACCGCUGAAGAGGACUUGGAGCAGAAGGAGAAGGCCUAGAAGCAGACCCUGUGGCAUCUUUCAGUGUGCCUGGGGCUCCUGCAGCAUCAGGAGAGAGAGACACCAUGGCUUCUACCAAGAUGCUGCUGUUCUUGCUCCUGACAACCUUGCUGGCCCUGAGCUCAGCUCAAGGCACCGAUGAAAGUACUGUUUUCGAAGUCUCUCUUGAAGGACCAGAAGCCUCUCAGGAGGAAGAGGAAAGCCUCCAAACGAUAAGUGAUGAAUCCAUUGAAGAAACCCCAGAAGAAUCACAACUCAAGCCUCAAGGAGAACAUGAAAGUCAACGUGGCAAGAAAGGCAAAAAUGGGAAGAAAGGUCAUGGUCAGCAGCAUAGGCCUUGCAGCCAGAAUGUCCAGGGAGGCCAGGAAAGCUCAUAUAGCAGAGGUGGCCGAGGUGGCCAAGGUUGCAGAGGUGACCAGAAUGGCCAGGGAAACCCUGGUGGCCAAAGAGGCCAGCGUGGAAAAGGUGGCCAGGGUGGUCAGCAUGGUGACCAGUGACAAGGAAGACCAACUAAAGAUGUCCUCCAGUGAUUCUCUAGAAAUUGAUAGGGAUCUACUGGUGACCAUGGACUUUUCAGUGGUCUUGGUAUUUCCUUUCUCCAACUUCAAAGCAUCAAUAAAGUCAUCA